AUGUUGACGGAGAGUACAACAGCUGAGACCACUACUGGCACGAACGAAGUGACGACGGAGACCGAGAUUACGGAGACCGACACUACGGGAACUGAGGUUAUGUUGACGGAGAGUACAACAGCUGAGACCACUACUGGCACGAACGAAGUGACGACGGAGACCGAGAUUACGGAGACCGACACUACGGGAACUGAGGUUAUGUUGACGGAGAGUACAACAGCUGAGACCACUACUGGCACGAACGAAGUGACGACGGAGACCGAGAUUACGGAGACCGACACUACGGGAACUGAGGUUAUGUUGACGGAGAGUACAACAGCUGAGACCACUACUGGCACGAACGAAGUGACGACGGAGACCGAGAUUACGGAGACCGACACUACGGGAACUGAGGUUAUGUUGACGGAGAGUACAACAGAAGGCAACCUCACGAAAACAGUAGUAAUCGCAGUCUCAUCAAUGCUGACUAGAUUGAACAAGUCUUUGGAGUGGAAUGACAGUUUAUUGGAUCCUAGUUCCGAUUUAUAUCGAAAUUAUUCAGCUGAAAUUUGUAAUUUGCUUUUGGACAGCAUAUAUUCAACUAAUAUUGAGGGAAUAAUCAAUGUUAAUUGCACAGUUGUUGGCUUCUCGCGUGGAUCAGUUGUUGGAAAUGCAGUAUUAGUCAUCGACCAUAGUAGCACAAGUGGGAAUUUCUCAUCGACUGAAGUGACAAAAGACACUGUUCGAAAUGCUGUUGUGGCAUACAUAGCAGAAAUGGUUGCCAAUGGGUCGGAGCAAGUGUACUUCGAUACAUCAAGUGGCUUGACAGUAGAAAAGACAACUGAAUUAAGCAAAACGACUUUCAGUACGAAAAAUAUACUAGAACUAUCAAUGACAGUGGAGGUUUUAAUAGGAAAUCAACAAACAAAUUGGAAUUCCGAACUGUCUAACAAAUUUUCUGAACUUUACAACAGUACUGCUGAAAACACUUGUGCUUCGAUAAAGGCCAGCCCUCGAUAUAUUACAUCAAUACAGUACACCGUACUUAAUUGUACUGUUCUUCGUUUUUAUCCGGGUUCUGUGAAAUCUGAUGUACAGAUAAUUGUAGAAUACAUAAAUGACCUCAAUGUGACUCAAACACAAAUUCUGCAAGCAAUUCAGUUGGGUUCGCAAUUAUAUGUAAUAGAUCUGUUAAAAAAUCAGUCAAUCGAUUCCAAAAGUAUAAUAUCACUUAAAUUAAGUCCAACUGUAAUAGCACUAAUUGUUAUUGGAACAAUCCUAAUCAUAAUAAUAUUUGCCGCAGGAAUAUACUUUGCUCUUCGUACAGGCAGAAAUGGUCAACGUUUUAUACAUUCAUUUGCUUAG